AUGGCUGGUUCCCACAAGUCCCUUUUGAAGAUCGAGCCGAGCAAUGAGCUUGAUUUUUUCGGUCCUUUUGUGAAUGUUCAAUCAUCUAUCAUUAAGUUAACGAAUCCUUCCGAUGAUAGGAUAACGUUUAAGGUAAAGACUACGGUUCCAAAACGCUACUGUGUGCGUCCCAGUUGUGGCAUCGUUGAACCAUCAGAGACUGUUAAUGUAGCUGGUAAGAAAUUUGUGAAAAAAUCAUCCCUUAAAGUUAUGCUACAGCCUUUUGAUUGUGAUGGAGCUGAGAAGAACAAGCAUAAGUUUAUGAUCCAAUCCAUGGUUCUUGAUCGUGAACCUGAGGGCAGUUUGGAGCAAAUCUGGAGGGACGCCAGUAUUUCGCAAAUUACCGAUGCUCGCCUCAAAUGCACUCUUCGAAUGCCAGAUGACCUCUUGAAAUGCGAACCGGAAGAGCUUGUAUUUGAAGGUCCUGUUAGUGAGGCCUCUUCUUGCACUUUAACUGUGCAAAACACAUCUCCGAGGGAUGUUGUUUUUAAAGUCAAGACAAAUGCGCCCAAGCGAUACAUUGUUACGCCAAAUGAAGAUGUUAUUAAAGCCCGUGAAAUGAGAAUUAUUAAAGUGUCGACUGUUGCUGGUGUUGAAUCAAGCGGUGAAUCGCGAGAUCGAUUAGCUCUCUUAUCUGCUGUAGCAUCCGAAGAAAUGCCUCCUUCCCUUAGCCAAUUUUGGCAGCUGGUGGAUAAAGCUCGGGUUUCAGAGAAGUUCUUUACUUGUACCUUCCCAGGUCAAGACCAGCCUAGCGGCGCCGUGUUGACAGACACAAAUGAUCAGCUUGCUCUGGAGUUGGAGAAACUUCGCAAGGAAAAUGAGGAACUGAAGUGUCAGGCCGCAAUGAGAAAACUGGGUCGUGAAACGUCCUCCCAGGCAGUGGUAACUGCGGCACCGCCGUCAGGCGCCCUGGAGACCCUGCGGAUGAAUGUCCCACCGAUUAUUUACCUUCUCGUCACAUUCUUGUUUGCUCUCGCCGUGGGCAAAUUU